AUGGAGGGAAGCUCUCCGUCUCGCCAGACGGUCAUCAUCGACCGCUCGACCGACGCGAACGUCCAACGCUGUUACCAACUGCAGCGUUUCGCCGCCAUCCUACAGCAAACCAUCAAGGACAAGGGCGAGGACGCGCCGCAGCACUACGUCAAGACGGCCAACAGCGAAUCUUUCAAAUUGAACCUCGCCUUCGCCAAGAAGAACCACCUGAUCAAGGACGUCAACGACGACAAAGUGCGCGUACCGCAGGAGUGGUUUGAGGAGGGCGACAGGAAGCUGGCCGCGCAUCUCGGCCUACUCACCAAGUGGCGCAAUUCCCUCGACAAGACAGUUGGAAAUGGCGGAGCAGCCGCGGCCCCGGACGUCGAAGAGGUGGCUGAUGCGGCGGUCGAGGAUGCCUCUGUCCUUCCCGAUGUUCCCAGCUCUUCGCAUGCAGCUUCUGCGGAACAACAGUCAGGAGCACCAGCCAUACUCCCAAGCCAAGAGGUGCUUCUUACAACAGCCGACUCUGUCUCUGUUCUUCCCAAUGAUCCUGGCCGCUUCUCUUCAGUAUUAGCGGGACGACGCUCGGAAGCUCCAGCCGCAGCUUCAAACCGUGAUGCGACGGCCUCCAUCGUCUCGGGUAUUCGGAGUGUUUUCGGGGGUUAUCACGUCGAGGGUGGCUUUCCUCCGGCGUCGUCCUCAUCUCCAAGCUUGUGGCAGACUGGUGCGGUUGCCGGCAAGACCUCCGGUCUUUCCACCGUUCCUGGCUAUGCCUACUCCAAUUUCGCGGGACAACACUCGGAAACGCCAGCCGCGACCGCAGACCGAGCAAAGUUCACUGUCGCGGGGGCUAACAAUGCCUUUACCGGAGGUACUGUUCCCGGCGGGUUCCCCGCAGAGGAUGAGGUGUCGGCGCAACAGCCGGAGGAACUGACCCCGGAGGAGUUGGCUCAGGAGAUGGCCGACAACAAGGAGAUGAGACGGUGGUAUCGACAGUGGUACGCGCGCCACAAACAGAACAAGGCUGCAGCACGACAGCAGAACCGCGACAGCGCCAUGGCUCAGUUCAACAACAGCGACGAGACACCGGUUACCCUGGCAGCAUCCGCCCUAGUUGACGACAGCCUCAACAGGCCAGCGACCCAGAAGCAUGCCAGGCGCACAAACACCCCAGCGUCAUCCGCCAUCCCCGCCCAAGUGAACGACCGCCCGAAGGGGCCAGAGCCUCGGAAAGGGCCCAUGUGGAAGAGCAAGCCGGCGCCGGGACCCACGCUUCAGGUGCGGUCGAAGGAAAAGCCGGCUUGGAAGGUGUGA